AUGAAACAGGAUCAAAGAAUAAGACCAAAAUUCACUUGGAUUGGAUUAGUAGCUAGAGUCUACAACUAUAUUCCGAGUCCCAAUUUAAUAUCCAAUAUAAUUUUAGGGAUCGCGUGGCUUUUUCUCAUAUUCCUCUGCUGUGGUUGCCUUUCUAAACCAGCUACUUUCUCUAGAAUUCUACAAAUUCAAUCUCCCAAGUCCACCGUGGAUGUUGGCUUUUUUGGCGUUUGCAAUAAAUCUUUCAAUUCUACGGAAAACGUUUGCCAUGAACUUCGUCAUUGGAGUCCUUCAAACGGUAUGGCCUACAAUGCCGCGCGCUUUACAUGGCAGCAAGUACAUCCCGUGCUGCUAGGAAUGGUUGUUUUUGUUGGAACCGUUUCGAUUGUGCUUACUAUAUUGAAGUACGUGUUUCCCUCCAAUAUUCGACAAUGGUCCAUUUGCUGCCUCUUUACCAGCGCAUCUGCUUGUUUAUUGCUGGCUCUUCAAAUGGGUUUAGCAAAUAUAUCUGUAAACUCUUACAGUGUUGGCUUGAACUUAACUCACCAGGCCGUAUCUAAAGUCGGCAUACCUAGUGUCGUAUUUGGUUGGAUAUCCAGCAGUUUCUUCUUUUUGUUUUCUGUUUUGCACCUUGGUUUAUGGACAAUUGAAAGAAACAAGCUAAAAUUACUAGAGGAAACUGCACAAACUUUCAACAUUUAA